GCUGAAUUGAAAAGGAGAGUUCCAAACUCCGACCCAAGAUAGCGACUCGCCGUUUCCUCAGACUCCAAAUAACGAGUGAUCGACAAUGAAUAGUUCUAAAGACAGCGGCGGAGGUAACAAGCGAAGUUUACCUUCCUGGAUGAAUUCAGACGACAAUAACGUUGCCGCCUGUAGAAACGCUCGGAAGAACCCUAAAACCGGCGGUAGAAAUCAGGAAGAAACCCGGGACAAAGAAGACGUUGGAAGCCCUUCCAACCGAGACCUACCCACCAAAGGAUCCGCCGGACCCAGUUCAAGUACGCCAGCAUUCUCCAAGCUUUUGGUAGGAACAUUGUUCUCAAAACUUGAUCCUUCAUCUUCUUAUUUUUACUGCCCAUAAUCUGGGCAAAUUGAACAAAGUCGUAUUUUUGUUCUCUUGUUAAUCUGUCGCGGUAGGAAGGGGUUGUGUUCGUGUUGUCCGGGUUUGUUAAUCCAGAGCGCGCUACAUUACGGUCCAAUGCUCUGGACAUGGGAGCCGAGUAUCGACCUGAUUGGGGCUCAGAUUGCACGCUUUUGGUCUGUGCUUAUUCGAAUACUCCCAAGUUUCGACAAGUUGAGGCCGAUUGUGGGACGAUUGUCAGGAAGGAGUGGAUAUUAGAGUGUUACAGCCAGAAGAGGCUGGUCGAAAUCGAUAGUUACCUCAUGCAUCCAGGGAAGCCAUGGCGAAAGGGUCGGGAUUCUGAUGAAAGGAUAAACAAUGGAAAGGAAUCUCCGUCCAGAAAACGUGCAAAAGAAUCUGAAACUCUAUCACACUCAGGGCCAAUUGCCUCAGGAAAAUCAAAUACUAAGGCUCCUAAGACUACUAAGAAGCAGUUUUCUGGCCCUGAAGUGAAGAACUGGGCAAUUGACGAUCUGAACAAAACCAUCUCAUGGCUAGAGACUCAAGAUGAAAAACCUGAGCCAAGCGAGAUCAGACAAAUAGCUGCAGAAGGGGUCAUAAUUUGCUUACAAGAUGCUAUUGAUUCCCUCAAGGAAGAUCAGGUAUAUAUGGUUACCACACAAUUGUUCCCUAUAAUCACCUUACUCAGAUUCAAAUAUACAUCCUUCAACAAAAUUGCUUUGGCUUAGGAUGUCCGCAAGAUUGCAAAUCAGUGGAAUGUCGUGCCGCGGGCACUUGAGGAGCUGUUAAAGCUUUUAGGUAAUACAAAUGGUUCAGCCGCUUACCCAAAGGAAGACAUUUGCAGACAAGCUAAAGAAUUUAAAGAAGCUUAUGAGGCAGCUUUCAGUAGUUUAGAUGAUGAUUCAAAGACGAAUAACAAAGGGGUGAAGAACAGUACAGGCCACCACAACCAUAACGAGAGAUCUAGUCCCGGCUAUGACAGCGAUGACACUAUCGAGAUGACUGAAGAAGAAGUUGACCUUGCCUAUAGUUCUGUUGCCUCUCAACUCUCUUAAGUAGAUGGUCAGACUUGGAGAUGGACUGGAGAGUGGAGAUUGAUGUUUUAUGCACUCCGUCUCUUUAAAGGGUACCUGUGAGGUUUGAGGAAAAGGCUUUAGGGAUGUGAAAAGAGGCAGAGAUUAAGGUUCUGGGACUAGUGAAAAGAGGGCACUGACGUAACUUGUAGUUUUUUUGUGUUUUGCCUUCAAAUUGCUGUAAAAUUGAUAAAUGAACGUCAAAGCCUCAUCUUUGCUGUUCGUACUUGUAAAUGUUCAGUCAGGGAUCAAGCCAAAUGUUCC